UCAAAGAUCAGACUGAUAUGAAGAUGCAAUAUCGAUUACCACCAUGUUGAAAGGGAGAGGGCCAUUGACACGACAAGUGAUGAUAGUACGGCAGUGUAGAUUGAGCGGAACCUUGGCUGCAUGGAAAAGAAAGCCACCGCGCCACACAGGCUCUACCGCGAUCUUCGGGAAGGAGGCUGACGAUGUCGAGGGCGGAAUCUUUGGACGUGUGCGGUGUUGCUCGGCCAAGAGAUGGAUAGGUGGCGGGGAGAGACACUGGCGGGGAUUGGGCGGGCGUAACAUCGCUGGCCAAUGGGAGGGCUCGGUUGGGCGGCUCGCCGCAAUUGCGCGAUGGAGGAUGGAACGGUACAAGAAUAGUGGCCCCGCCACCGCCAUGCCCCCCGCGAUCCCCGCCUAUCCCGCUCGUUUCUCAUACCCUAUCCCCUCUCGCUCUCCCCCAGCGAAGGCCCGUGGUCAUGUCUGCACACAGCUCGGAGGCUGACUCGAAGAAGCGCGACGACGUCCCGCCUGGCCCCCACUACGCCGAGAACAAGGUGGAGGAGCUUCCGCGCCCCGCCUCAGAUAAUAUGAUGCGCCAGACAGCACGCCUCUGGGUAUCGCCCUCUGUCCUCUUCACAAGAGAGCACUUCUUUGGCGAUGUUAGCCCCGUCAAGGCCACCAUCCCGCUGGCCGCGUUCUGCUUUAUGACCGGCUUCAUUGACUCGGUCGCGUUCACCGCCGUCUUCGUGUGGGCAGGAUUCCAGACAGGGAACACGGUCCAGCUCGCCCUCGCCCUCGCCCGACUCUUCUCAAAACCGACGGACCACUCCUUCCACAUCGCCGACCGGCAGGCGCUCUGCUCCCUCAUCACCUUCAACGCCGGCGCGUUCAUCGGUCGCCUCGGCGACCGCAUGGGCCCCCAGUCCCGCGCAUGGCUCAUGCUCGGCACCUUCAUCCAGGCCCUCUUCACCAUGGCCGCCGCCGUGGCCGCCUGGCAGAGCGGCCAGAUCAGUGUCGCGACGGACCGUUUUAACCCCGCCUGGACCAACGCGCUCUCGUUCGUCGCCCUCGGCUUCCUGAGCGCGAGCAUCGGCCUGCAGGGCAUCAUGGGCAAGCGCGUCAACACGCAGUUCACCACCACCGUCGUGCUCACGACGGUGUGGUGCGAGCUCAUGGCGGACCCGAAGCUCUUCAAGUUCAACCGGAUCAUCUCCCGCGACCACAAGGUCAUCGCCAUCUUCGCGCUCUUCUUCGGCGGCUUCGUCGGCCGCGCCCUCAUCGACCAGAUCGGCGCGGCGGGCACCCUCGGCGUCGGCUGCGGCAUCCGCACGAUCAUCGCCGUGUGGUGGCUGUUCGUACCCGGGAAGGAGGGCGCGCAGGGGAACAAGAAGCCCGCGACGGCAUGAGUCGAUCGGACGGGAACUAGCAGGGAGCGGACGUCGGUGGGUGUCGGCGUCGGACGGGUGCGGUGGGAGGGGUAUUUUGGGACGUUCGGAGUGGGGAGGCGGCGCGGCGGUGGGGCGUCGUCUCGAACGUAGGCGGACGACGCAGGGCGGGGCGACGUGGCGGUU